AUGGGUGACAAGGGAGGAGACAACCACUCAGAAGAGGUGACUGACUUCAUUCUCGUGGGCAUCAGAAUCCGUCCAGAACUCCACAGUCUUCUCUUCAUUCUAUUCUUGAUUGUUUAUGGAAUGGUCCUUCUAGGGAACCUCAGCAUGAUUGGCAUCAUUGUGACUGAUCCCCGACUCAACACACCAAUGUAUUUUUUCCUAGGCAAUCUAUCCAUCAUUGACCUCUCCUAUUCCACUGUUAUUGUACCCAAAGCCAUGGUCAACAUCCUGUCUCAGAAAAAGACAAUCUCCUUUGCAGGUUGUGUAGCUCAGCUGUUUCUUUAUGCACUUUUCAUGGUAACAGAGGCAUUUAUCUUGGCGGCCAUGGCCUAUGACCGUUUCAUGGCCAUAUGUGACCCUCUCCUCUACACUGUUCGCAUGUCAAGAGGUCUUUGCAUCCAGUUGGUGGCUGGCUCCUAUUUCUGUGGGUGGAUAAGUUCCAUCCUUCAAAUCAGUGUGACCUUCUCAAUGACUUUCUGUGCCUCUAGGGUCAUUGAUCACUUUUACUGCGAUUCAAACCCAAUCGAGAAGAUUUCCUGUUCCAAUGUCUUUAUGAAUAAGAUGGUGUCAUUUUGUUUGGCAGUUGUUAUUAUUCUGCCUACAAUAGUUGUAAUUGUAGUGUCUUAUGUUUAUAUUGUGUCCACAGUGUUAAAGAUCCGUUCCAGUGAAAGCAGGAAGAAAGUCUUCUCCACUUGCAGCUCCCACCUGGGGGUUGUAAGUUUGCUGUAUGGAACCGUCUCCUUUGUGUAUCUCACACCUCCAAAUAACCCUGAACUACGGAAGGUGGCUUCCGUAUGUUAUAUUUUGUUCACACCUAUGCUGAACCCUUUAAUCUACUCUCUCAGAAAUAAAGAUGUUAAAGAUGCAAUGAGAAAAGUCUUAUGGAAGAAAACAUUUUUACUUUAA